AUGAGUUCCCCGCCAACGAUUGCUCCAGCAUCUACCGUCAACAAGACGGCGAUAUUGUCCUUGUUCUCGGAACUAGAUUUAGCUCUAGACAAGACUGUCACGGGUGAUUCUCAAGCUAAUCACAGUAGUUCCGCCGCCAAGAGCUUUCUCACCUCCAAGAAUGCCGAGAAGCAAGCAGAAGCUGACUUUGCAGCAUUGAAAGCACUCAAGCGGGAACAGCAGCAACAGCAAAAACGAGAACAGCCAUUAUCAGCUUUGAGUCAGGCGUUGGAUAUAUUUGAUCAAGAGGUCGAGGAACGUGAAGCAUUUAUGUCACGUCAAACAAAACGGCGACUUAAAGGCAAUAAAAAAGCACGUGGAGGACUAUUGACGCCGUCACGUGGUCGCCGCCAACGUCACGAUAAAUAUAAACGUGUCUAG